GUAGAAAUUAGAAACACAUAGAUACAACAAAAUCAUUAUCAUAGGAUCCAUUCAACUCACAAAACAUAGAGAGAGAGAGAGAAAAAGAGGGAAAAUAGAUUCAUCAUUGUUCUUUGUUUUCCCAUAGAAAAACAUAGCAACAUGGUUCCAUUCUCCUUCUUCCUCUUUCUCUUUUUCUCCUUAAUCCUCUUUGUUCAUUCUUCUUCCAUUUCCAAUAUCCCAAAUUUCGACCCUGACACUGAUCUCUACGGCGAUGCAAAGCUUUUCCCCGACAAAACCGGAGGUGGGUCCCACGUCAAACUCACCCACCACUCUUCUCUCACCGCCGGCCUCCUCCUCCGCCGUCAACCUCUCACAUUCACCGAUCCCAUCUCCUUCUCCGUUGAAUUCACCUUCUCCAUUUCCCACGACGCCGGCGAUGGUCUAAUCCUUCUUCUCAUCCCCGGUGAUCUUGCCGCUGCUUUCCCCGGUAAUGGCUCCUAUGGUCUUGGCUUCUCUCCUCCUACUCCGACGAACAGCUACCUCGGCGUCGAAUUCGAUACCUCGAAGGAUGAUAAUGUUGGUGAUCUGAAUGCUAAUCAUGUUGGUAUUAAUCUAGGAAGUCUUGUAUCUGUUGCUGUUGCAAAUGUUUCUAAAUCGAAUUUGGUUUUGAAUAGUGGUGAAAAGUUGAAAUCUUGGGUUGAUUAUGAUAAUGGAUUACAUAGAUUGGAAGUUAGGUUAAGCAAAUUGAAUGAAGCUAAAUCUGAGAAACCAAUUGUUUCACAUAAUAUUGAUUUGUUUAAGAUUUGGGGUAAUCAACCUAUUUUUUUGGGUUUGAGUUCUUCCAAUGAUGCACAUUCUAUUCAGGUUGUUCGAGUUUAUUCGUGGAAGGUUAAUUUGAAGAAUGGUACAAAUUCAUUGCAUUCUCAACCUGUUAAUCCUAAUGAUGAACAAGAACAAUCGAAGCUUGAUGCCGCGAAUAGAAGAAAGUAUCGUCCUUUGACGUUUCUAGCCGGUGUGAUUUUUGGGACAGUUUGUGUUGUAUUGGUGACAUUUGUGGUUUUGUUUAUGUGGGUGAUAUUUUUCCAUAAGCAUGAAGAAGAGUCUCUUGCUAAAUUACCUGAACAUCCUUCUGAUGUAAGGUAUGAAAGGAUUGAUGUUGCUGUUGAAAAGAAUGCUGAAGAUCAUGAUGAACAACAUUAGAACAAAAUAGGAGGUGAUGUGAAUUCUUUUGUUUGGUAGGGAAAUUGUGAUAUUGUUUCUUAUUGUUGUUGUUCUUUUUUCUUUCGAUACAAAAAAAAAAAUUAGGGUGAGGGCAUGGUUCCCCAGUCCAAGGCAAGGAAGACCUUCAGGCGCGUACAAAAGUAUUUACAUUUACCUCCUCCAAAGGCUCUAGUAUGGCUCGAACACGUGAUUUUCGGGUCCAAGACAUGUUGUUUUAGAACAAGCCUUUGGAGUUCUUUUGUGUUUAUAUUUAAUGUGGAAAAUUCUUUUGUAGGAGAUUAUGAUAUUGUAGAUCCAUUGUAAACAAAACCUUGUAAAGUAUUUGUACUUCCUGAUUGGGAACCACUUUUCAUUGAUUAAAUCUUGUUUAUAAAUGUUUGCACUUUGAAUUUUGCAAUUUGUGA